CGACGAUCGGGGGGUCCCAUCGACGCGUAGCAUCAUGGCGGACGAGGACCAUGAGCGUCCCGCGCCCUCGGAUCUGGCCGAGGAGGCUGGCAGAUCCUUUGCCGGCAUGUCCCUCGACGACGUGAAGGACCACGCCUUCUGGGAGACCCAGCCGGUGGGCCAGCUCAAGCCCGAGCUCGAUAAAUCCGGACCCGAGGGCCCGAUCGACGACCCGAUGACGGUCGACGAGGUGAAGAAGGAGGGGUACCACCUGCCACCGUCGUUCGAGUGGUGCACGUGCGACGUAACGGACAAGAAGGUGAACGAUGAGGUCUUCGAGCUCCUCGACAACAACUACGUCGAGGACGACGACGCCAUGUUCAGGUUCCAGUACUCGCGCGAGUUCCUCAAGUGGGUGCUCCAGCCCCCGGGGUACGUUAAGGACUGGCACCUGGGCGUGAGGGUGGUGGGCACGGGUAAGCUGGUCGCGUUCAUCACCGGCGUACCCGCCAAGCUGUCGGUCAAGGGAAAGAAGCUGGACCUGGCGGAGAUCAACUUCCUGUGCAUCCACAAGAAGCUCCGAUCGAAGCGACUGGCUCCCAUGCUCAUCCGCGAGAUCACCCGGAGGAUCAACCUGAGCGGUAUCUGGCAGGCGGCGUACACCGCGGGCGUGGUGCUCCCCAAGCCCAUCGGCACCGCUCGGUACUGGCACCGAUCGCUCAACGUCAAGAAGCUCGUGGAGAUCGGGUUCACCCAUCUCCACAGCCGCAUGACGAUGAGCCAGACGAUAAAGUUCUUCAGGCUGGACAAGAAGCCGGCCACGCCCGGGAUCCGACCGAUGGAGGACAAGGACGUGCCCGCGGUGACCGCGUUGCUGAACAACUACCUCAAGAAGUUUGCCGUCGCGCCGGUUUUCGACGAGGAGGAGACGAGGCACCACCUAUCGAUGCGCGAUGGGGUCGUUUACUCGUACGUGGUGGAGGACCCGGACAAGCCGGGGAAAAUCACCGAUUUCGUGUCAUUCUACUCGCUCCCGUCCACCGUGAUCCAAUCCAGCGGCGGGCACAGCACCCUCCGGGCGGCGUACUCGUACUACAACGUCGCGGGUAAGGCGGACCUGACGCGGCUGAUGGAAGACGCGCUCAUCCUCGCCAGGCAGAAGGAUUUUGACGUGUUCAACUGCCUGGACCUGAUGGACAACGCUCAGUUUCUCAAGGAUCUCAAGUUUGGCAUCGGCGAUGGCAACCUUCAGUACUACCUGUACAACUGGAGGCUGCACAACAAGCUCGGGCCCGGGGAUAUCGGCCUCGUGCUGACCUAAUAAGUGGCCGCUGAUGCACAUAGCGAAGGGGAUGAGGCGUGUCAAUUCAACGAUUCAGCGUUUAGUCU